AGAGAUCAGUGCUUGCCCAGCCAACAUUUGUGUUUGGAAAGAAGGACCACCCUUUGAAGCGGCCUGCUGAAGAUCCAGUUUGCAAAGCUGAAAAUGAUUCCAUCUGUUCUUCCAAAAAACGUGCAAGAUCAUCGUCUUUUGUUUUCCAGAAGUCCGGCUCAGAGUCUAACACAGAUACAACACUGGCUGAGAAAAGAGGGAGAUCAUCUUCCUUUACCAUUCUUCCUAGGUUCCCUCCCUCCCAGCCAGCAAAGAAGAGCAACAUAUUCAUGACCUCAGCUCUUUUUCGACAAAACAUUGACAUGGAAAGUACAAAAGAAGGAUCCUUGUCAGAAAGUCAGCUGCGGAAUGUUAUUAGACCUGCCAUUUUACAACCCCCACAAGCCCUGACCUGUCCUGAAAAUCCUGCAGCAUCUCCAGUGACUAAGAAACCAGCACGUAUUCAGUUAUCUGAAGACAACUCUUACUCCUCAUCUGAGAAUUCAGCAGGUUCCAAAGCAGCAGUGAAGUCGUCUGUUACUGUGCAUAUUUCUAGCUCUAAAACAGCACGAAGUCAGUUGUUAGAAGACAGAAGUGUUCUAAGCAGCAGCAAUUCUGGUUUUGUGUUUGGAGAAAACAUGGUUGAGAGAGUUGUGAGCCCUGAAAAGCAUUCCGUGUCAUGCAAUGAAGUUGAUUCAUACAAAAGAGAAAUAACAUCACUUUACAUAGAAUCUUUUCAUGUAACAAAAACAGCUUUGUUGAGGAAUGCAAUACAAACUGAGUCAGCAGCUGCUCAUAUUUCCAAGCCAGGGGAGAAAAUUCUGUUAGAUAAAGUUGAAGUUAUAACUGGAGAAGAAGAAGAACACAAUGUAUUACAGAUUAACUGCAAGCUCUUCCUAUUUAAUAAACUUUCUUUAACUUGGAUUGAAAAAGGCAGAGGAUCCCUGAGGCUUAAUGACACUUCCAGCAAUAAGUGUGGAACGUUGCAAUCGAGGCUGAUUAUGCGAAAUCAAGGCAGCUUGAGACUGAUUCUCAACACCAGACUCUGGGGUCAAAUGGUGUUAAAAAGAGCAAACAGUAAAAGCCUGUGUUUCACUGCAACAGAUCAAGAGGACCACUCUGUUCAAGUAUUUCUAAUUCAGGCAAGAUCAAAAGAUGCUGGAUAUUUGUAUGCAGCAAUACAUCACCGACUUGUGGCACUGCGAAGCUGUGCUGAGCAAGAAUCAGAUGCUAAUCAAAUAGAUACAGAGUCAGAGACAGCUUUUCAGCUAUUAAACUGUGACAGUGAUGAUGAUGAUGAAAAAAUAACUCAAGUGAGCAGCAGUGGAUCUGAUCAUUCUAGAUGGAACCGCAGGCAGCCUGUAGUCUGCUCAUGAAAUUUACCACAGUUUACAACUGACUACUGAGGACUCAUCUUCUCAAAAUGCUGAAGAUGCAUCAGGACCUGGAAGAAGGAAAUCAGAAGAAUUUUGUUUUAUGAGUUCUAAGCAAAGAUUAAUUUUAUAAAUGGUUUAUGUUCAGUACAUUGGGAAGGAACUUGAGACACAAGUUGAAGGUUCCAGACAGCUUGCUUUGCACUGAGAUGAGAAUAAUAUGAUGGCUUCCAGUGUUCAAGAACUGUUAAAAUAGAUUCAGAUUUUAAAAUUAAAUAUACUUAAAUGCAUUAUUAAAGUAAGGACUUUUAUAGGGAAUCUAUGUUCAUUCAUCAUCUUGAUGGAAAAAAAAAAAAAACAACAACAAAGACAACACACAUAACCAUUAAUUAAUAAUACACCUGAUAUUUGAUAUUUUUUGUCUGUUAUUUAAAAGAUGCAUUUUGAAGACUUAAAAUUGGGCUUCACUGAAAGCAUUUAUUUAAAUUGCCUGGUAGUACUCAGCAUCUUGUUUGUAAGUACAUGCAAGCAGAAUGGUCAGUGGCAGUUCAACAUGACAAAGGCCUACAGAAAUCAAUUUUUUUUGGUGUUUUUUGUUUCUAAUAUGUGGAGUAGUCACUGGAAAGUUUUGUUAAAGGGCAAAGAACUAGGUUCUGCUCUUACAUCCAUACGACUACAACAUGAAGAACUGUAAGCAGAAAUUCUAGGGGACAUCUGAGCAUUACAAUCUAAAAGUGAAUCUGUUUGCACUUACGAACAUCUUUUUGCUUGCACAGAACAAGCACUCUUAACUGUCCGUUAGAUACAUAAAAAUAAAUGCAUAGACAUUAUAAGUAGAGAUCUGCAUACAAUUUAUCUUAUAUUUUUGAGAUUGUCUAAGAUUAUUUCUGCUUUCUUAUUAGCCACAGUUAUCCCUAAACAGCAUGAGAUUAAUACAUUAGUCAAAUAUGUGCAAUAAUCCAAACAGUGCCAAUGACUCAAACACUCUGUAAAAGUGAUUCCAUCAACUAGCCCACUACCUAGCCAUUUUCAUGGUAAAUUGGAAGGGCAGUUCUCCAAAUGCCACCUGUGAAUUAAGACUUUCCAGACCCCUCACAAGCCUGUGCACUGUACAGGCACCAUUUAAUACUCUGUGCUUUCUAUUCUUUCUGUUAACAGGUACAGAAAGUGUAUGUCUGUGGUCAUUCUGCUGCAGACUUCUCUUGCCUUGUAUAUUGUUGGCUACAAAAUUAAUUCCUGAUCAUUCUCAGAGCUGGGGAAAAAAAAAAAAAAAAAAAAAAAGGUCUGAAGUAUCUUAAGUCCUUUUAAUUGAGAAAGUUGUAGAUGUUUAUCAGCCUUAAAAGCUGCAUCACACCUGAAGAGUCAAGUUACAAUUUAGUCUCCCAUCUGAACAUAUGUAUGAAGUUGGAAGAAUUCCAGCUUCUUCCUAAACUCUCAAGAUUAGAGUCCAGGUGAAGCUGAACUACCAUCUGGAUUACUCUGAAUCUUACACAGCCUGCCAAAAUUAGCACUUCUCUGAUUUCUGGAUGAGAGCAACUUUAAGUGGGACUGGAUUUUUGCCUUUGCAAUGGAGCACUUGUCUCUAGAAGUACUGGAAUGUUUUUUCACUCUUCAGUUUGCUGAUAAUGAAAAUUUCUUUCUAGAGCAGCUGUACACUGUGUUCUUCUGUGAUAGCCUCGCUCCUGAGCACUUUUAUUUCCAUUACUGACCUUCAUAUUCCAUUGCUGUAACUCAUACUCAGGAACAAAGCUCCAUGUUACAAAAACUUCGGCAGUUGUUAAAAAACAGCAGUCUUAUGUAUUUAGCAACAGGUCAUGGGGAGAACUUUGCCCUGAAGCUCAACUGGUUAUGCACUGAAUGUAGAGUUUGAUUUCAAAGUCUGCCCUGGUAAUCAAAGCCAUCCAUGUAACUGAUUUUAAGCACCAGAGUGUCAUCAUGAAGUCACACAUACAACUUCUAAAUUCUACCACAGCGUAUGCAACAGAAUUUUUGCAAAGGACUUCAAAACUUUGUAAUAUACUUCCAUAGUGAAAGUAGCAAAGCUUACGAUCAUUCACAAAUUAAAAAAAAACACCUCUUUUCUGAGCUGCCUUUUCCCAAGACUGUAUUAUACAUUCACACACCAGUAUACACACAUUUGCUCAAACAUACACACACUUAAAAAUGAAGCUACACUUCUACAAGCUGUGGACAUAAAGAGAUGUUUGAAUACUCUGAGGAGUGUGGAGAGUGUGGUAACAGAAGACAUAUAAAUACAUAUAUCUGCAGACAUACUUGAGGUAUGAAGUUUUACUCUUGAUAUCCUAAUCCAUUAUUUAUUUUAUUUAGUCUCAUUGCACUAAAUUUUUGUGUUUCUCAAGACUGAAGGUAUGCUGGUAUGUAAUGUAUUAACUUGGUUUUGAAAAUGUAACAUUUUAUGACAGCGGGAGCAAUCAUUUCUAUGUCCAAACAAUAAACAGUUUUCUUACAGCUUUUAUUUCCAUCUGUUUGUCUUACUGUGUGUGAAAGUUAGUGCUUCCUACAAACUGUUCCUUCCACAGUACUUCUAGCUUGUUUUCCUAAGGAAAAAAAGAUUCAAAUAAUCAUGUACCUCAUCCAUCUAUCUGUCAGAACCACUUUGAGUCAAACGUCGAAUUUGGAAGAGUUUGCUGAGAGGUACGAUGUCUGUUUUUCAUGAAAAUUGGCAUCUGUUGGGUGACAUAAAUCAGAUACAGGUAUGCUUUGAAGAAACAGCUUCUCAGUAAGCUUGGUAUCUUCUGUGGUCCUGGGUAUUGCAUUCCUGGCUCUGAAGAGGGAGGGAAAAGAGUAAAACCAUGGAAGGGUGGAACCACAGCUUGAAAAGUGGCAUAGGGACAUUUCAUGCAGCACAAAUCUAUAUGAAGUUACAGAUCACUAAUUUUGCUGUUCAUGGAGCAACUUGUUCUGUGC